AUGUGGGGUCCGAAAACUGACUUCCCCCACACAGCAUCCCCACCGCUACACUACCGCAGACCCAACCCUACCCACCCACCCACACACAACAUACACACAGAUCACACACACACACAUCAUCAACUCCCCCAUAUCAAACCCUACAUCCCCAAGACAAUCAUCCCACACCCUCCCCAUUCAACCCAUUUAGACCCACAUCCAGUCUAUUCAACUCCCCACUCCCCCCAUCUCCCACCCCCAACCCCAGCCCUUUACCCCAAACAAGCACCCACCCUAAUGCGGUGUCACAACCCAUCCACCAACACAUUUACACAAUCAGCCCCCCAAAUUCCCUUUCAACCACAAACACCCCUGUACUCAUACCCUGCACUCACGCCCCCCAUACCCAAACCACCAACCCCUUACCCCACCAAAACACUCCCCUACCACCUCACCCAACCCCCCCUCCCACCCCCAACUAGCCUAGAACUCCUCCCCCCAUCCCCACCAUCUAGCCCACCCCAUCACUCCCCAAACCCCCGCCUCCCCCAAUUAAUUCAGAUUCCCCUUACAUAA